AACAAUCUGUUUAGUUGAAAAGAAAAUGUUCAUUUCGUUAGGGUUUAAUUUGUUUUUUAUAUUUUACGUUGCACAAUCUCUACCUGUUGAACAUAUACAAGUUCCAAGAAAAACGCUGGACUAUUUGGCGAGUUUGGGUUAUUACACAUUAUCAACUGAGGUCGGCUCUAUAAACAAUGAAAAAGAAAUUCGAAACUCGAUAGAAAACUUGCAAAGAUUUGCUGGAAUACCAGUCUCUGGUAUAUUAGACGCACCGACUCAGGAACUGAUUGAGACCCCUCGUUGCGGCUUGCCUGAUUUUAAAAAACCAAAUGAAUCUAGAAAUAGACGAUAUACACUGCAGGGAACCACCUGGAAAAAAAAUGAACUUACUUGGAAACUCUUAAAUAAUAACAAUGACGGUUUAACCCGUGGUGAAAUUGAAACAACAUUACAUAAGGCUUUUUCAAUGUGGGAAGCAGUUACAAACUUAAAAUUUCGUCAACUUCAAAUAAACGAAAAUAAAAAAGCUGACAUUGAGAUUAAGUUUGCACAAGGUUACCAUGACGACCCCUACAGUUUUGAUGGGUUUGGUGGAACUCUAGCUCAUGCAUUUUAUCCUCAUACCAAUGAAGGGCUUUCGGGUGACGUCCAUUUUGAUGAUGCCGAAAAGUUCACAAUCGAAUCGCCUGAGGGUCGCAGUUUGCUAUGGGUUGCAGUUCACGAGAUAGGACAUAGUAUAGGUUUAGAACAUUCCAAUGUUAAAGAAGCUCUUAUGUUUCCAUGGUAUAGAGUACAAGAUGUAAGAAAUAUUCAGCUGUCUGAUGAUGAUGUAUUAGGAAUACAGAGUAUUUACGGUUCCAAAAAAUCAAUAAUGUUACCUUCAACAGUGACACCCACUAAAAAAAUGAAAAACAGUUUUCAGAUGAAAGCUGUUAUUCUUGAUAAAUCAACUGGGGUUACUUAUGCGUUCAACGAUGACGAAUUUUACAAAAUUAACAAUGAUUUAAAAAAAACUGAAGGACCUUUUACGGUAUCUAGUUUGUUUCCAGAGGUUAAUAGUGUGAAUUCAGGUUAUAUGGAUAGUGAUGGAAAGUUGAUUUUCUUUAAAGGAACCAGAUAUUACACAUACAAAAAUUUUUCUGAUCGAAAACUUUUGGAAAGCGGUUCGAUUUUUGACAAGUAUAAAGGAAUCAAGUCAGGAGUGAAAACUAUUAAUGCCGCGUUUGUUUGGAAUAACGGAAGAACUUAUGUAUUUAUAGAAGAUGAGUAUUAUAGGUUUGGAGGAACAAAGAAUGUUUUAGACGCAGGUUUUCCACGGAAGAUUGUUGAUAAUUGGACCGGAGUGCCAAAAAAUAUUGAUUCGGUCUUCGUUUGGAGAAACGGAGUAACUUAUUUUUUCAAAGGAUCUUUGUUUUAUCGAGUGAACGAAAAAGGCCAAGUAUUACUGAACUACCCAAAAAGCAUUUCUGGAGCAUGGUUGAACUUUCCGAAUAAAUAAGAAAUCGUUUAUAUAUACACAUAAUUAUUUGGUGAGAAAGAAGCAGUUGUUAAGUUUAUUAUUAAACUUUUAGAAUAAAACUAUAUGUAAGAAUAUUGUACAUAAUAGGUAAAUAAUAAACAUGAAUACUUUUUUAGGAA